AUGUUAUUCUCGAUCAGUAUCCUCAUCACAAUACUCUGGAUAGUGAGUAGUACUCCGCAAUAUAAUCUUUACUAUACAAAUCGAAUAAGUACGAGCGGUGCCAAUUUACACUACGAUUGUCUUUACUAUCAUGUUCGGAAUGAUAUUGUGAAAUACAAAACACCAUCUCGAUAUGCCUAUCAAAUUAUUCCAUAUUGUAUUCGUCCGUCGGAACUUGAGUUGUUUCGUGUAAAACAUGAUACAUUAGUAGAAGGAAGAUCAAUUACUUUUGAUGAAUUAAAUGCGAAUAAUAUUACUGGUAAGCAAUUAAUUAGAUGGUCUGCAUCGAUAGACAUUGCUGAACAAUAUCAAGCCCGUGUAAACUUCGGCUCGGGAGUCUUUUACAAUUGUACUCGGCCAAUAUUUGGAGACUACUGUCAGUACUCAUUGUAUCCACCGAAUCAAUCAUUUAGUGAUGUUGUCCAUCAUAUAUUUCUGUCGAAAAAUGAUUUAUCAUUUGAGCCCGUUGAUUACAUAAGUUAUUCGUGCUACACACACGUUGAGUGUGAUCGUGGACCUGUCCCGAUGUGUCUCGAUUGGCGAGAAAUAUGUGAUAAUCAUAUUGAUUGUUUGAAUGGUGGUCAAGACGAAGAAAAUUGCUUUUUACUCGAGCUGAAUGAAUGUGCUGAUGACGAAUUCCGGUGUCGAAAUGGUAUGUGUAUUCCUAACUACUUUUUUCAUGACGAUGAACUCAAUCCCGAUUGUCUCGAUGGAACAGAUGAAUAUCAAAUAUUGUUGGAAUCAGAGGAAUGCUUCCGAGAUCCAGCAUUUCGAUGCUCUGAACGAAGUCCUCCAUAUGAAUUGGGAUUUUCUUGUGGCGAUGAUACAUUUACAACAAUACAUGCUUCACCAUCUAUCCAUGAGCUGUAUGAAAAUCUGAUAUCAUCCUCUGAUCAUCCAAUUAUUUCAAAACUAUCUCAAACGUGGAACGAUGAAUCAAUCGGAAGUGAUAUGAUGCGUGAACCAGAUGACCUGUACCACCAUCGAGCAUGGUUCUGCAAUCGUGGUAUUCCAAUUUAUAACCAUAGACGUCGUUCUACAUCAAGACAACGACAACAACAACGACGUACAAGUGGAGCAAGGCAACUACAAUUAAAUGAUUUCAUGUCACCACAAGUACAUGAUAUAUUAUCAAUAAAUAUACCAAAUCUUUCAUUAGAUUUUAAUUUAAAAACUUCUGAUACAACAACAAUUGAGACAAGAUCCAAUCUACUAGUGAAUGCUCUACCACAACGGUCAAAGUUUGCAACACAAGUAAUAACAAGAAAUGGUACAACUCAACCAUUCAACGUUUAUGAUGAUUUAAAUAAGAAUUUCAAUGAACAACAACCAAAAUAG